AUGCCACUCAUACAAGAUAGCCAACUAAUGGAUAGUUCAAGCUUUUUUGUUCAGGGGCCAUUCAAUGGAAGUUCGGAUAACCUUUCAGUGGGUACAUCUACGAACGUUUCCCCCAGCCAUCAAGCAACACUUCAUUUGAAUCACUCAAAUAGCGACACAAGCAUACAUCAACCAAGUGGGGGAGGUAUAGGAAGUGGUGGGUCAGGUCUCCAUCAUUCUUUUAAUAAUAGUAAUAAUUCUACUGCAGGUGGUAGUGGUGGUGUUGCUUCCAACGGCAAUGAAAAAACGUCACCUUUGCAUUUGUCAUCCAUGCUUCAUAGUUUUUCCAUGGGUAGUGGACUCAAUACUUCUUCAAUGUCUCAACAACAUCAAGAUUUGCAUUCGUCAUCUUUCAAUCAAGGAGCUGGCUCUUAUCUCCUGAAAAUGAAAAAUUUACCUCAAGAUAUUACAUUAAGAGAAACUUAUGCCAUUUUUGCCCUAGCAGAUGGAGUUGUAAAUGUUGAACUAAUCAAAGAACCAAAAUUCUCUAAUUCCGCAGAUGAUUACGAGUUUUCAAUUUUAGCUAAAUUUGGCUCAUUACCAUUAGCCACCCAUUAUGCAUCAAUAUUGAGUUCCAAAUCAGAUAUCUUUGGACCAAGUUAUCCAUUUACUUCUUACAUCGAAGUCAUAGAUGAAUUAGCUAAUCAACAGGUUUCAUUCCAAAGACCGAAAUUCAAUCUAUCUCAACCAAAUUACCAGCUUUCCAGCUCUACUUUACCCCCCACUCCCGUGGCUUCUGUACCAUCAGCAAAUGCUCAACAACAACCUCAGCAACAACAACAAGCUUCUCCAAUUUCAUCUUCUGGACCUGGUAGUAGACCUAGUCUCAUGCAAACGCGUCUCAGGUUUUCAUUUAGUGAUCCCUUUUCUUCAGAUCCUCUAGGUGGGGUCGGUACACCUACUAGUACAGAUGCACAGAGUCAACAACAACAACAACAACAACAACAACAGCAGCAGCAGCAACAACAGCAGCAGCAGCAACAACAACAUAAUCAUCAACAACAGCAACAGCAACAGCAACAACAACAGCCUCAGAGUGGAUCUACUAUAAGUCAUUCGCGUUCACAUCAAGAAUCUACACCAUCUCAAUCUAGAGAUGUGGGUAAAUCUUUUUUACUCAUGGAUAAUGAUGACAUCAAUGAUACAAUUUGGGGUGGCAAUGGUAUUCCCAGUAGCAUGAAUGGAUUUUCUACCACGCCUCAACCUUCUACGCCCAUUUUAGAUUGGGGAACUGGCGGUAGAAAGCCAAGUUCUUUUUUCCUACCGCAAACGACAAAUUCGGCAGCUCCUACUCAAUCAACUCCAACUGUAGACAUUCCAACAACUUCGUCGCAAGGUAUUCCUAUCUCUACUCCAACCGGAUCUUCCAUCCCACCUUUCAAUUUGUUGGGUAAGAUUCCAUCAGCGGGUUCCUCAAAUUUACCCAAUGUCAUGGGCGGUUCUAGUGAUCUUGGAAUAGCGUCAAGGAAAAGCCAAACUUUUGUUCCAGGUGCUAAACAACAAGGACCGCAACCCGCACCUCCAACCUCAUCACAGCCCCAAGUACAAGAUACAUCACUGUCGACUCCGGCAGUAUCUGCAACUGCCGGAACUACUACUGCUUCAUUAGAUCCUACUCAAAAGAUUCCCCAGGGCAGAUCAGGUGGAGCUAGGAGUACACAGUCGAGCACAGGUGCUCAGAAGAGUAGCUUAUCUUCGUCCUCGUCCUCAAGCAAUGUGGCUGGUUCUGGUACCAUUUCUCAAGCCGAUUUGUCUCUUUUGGCAAGAGUUCCACCACCUGCAAAUCCAGCUGAUCAAAACCCACCUUGCAAUACUUUAUAUGUGGGUAAUUUACCACCGGAUGCUACUGAACAAGAAUUAAGACAGCUAUUUUCUGGUCAACAAGGAUUUAGAAGGUUAUCCUUCAGGAAUAAGAAUAGUAAUGGUAAUGGCCAUGGUCCUAUGUGCUUUGUAGAGUUUGAGGAUGUCAGCUUUGCAACUAGAGCUCUUGCUGAAUUGUACGGUAGUCAGCUGCCUCGUGCAAGUGCUAGCAACAAAGGUGGUAUAAGAUUGAGUUUUUCCAAGAAUCCAUUAGGUGUAAGAGGUCCCAACAACAGAAGGGGAGGAAGUAGUACUGCAAUAAAUGGCCAAGGUUCGAGCGGUAAUUCUGCACAAUCAUUUACCAAUUAUGGCUACUCGAGUGGAUACACUAAGACCUAA